AUGUCAGGCCGUCCAGUCAUCGCCAUUGCGGGACUUGCCUGCGAAACCUCUGGGUUCUCUCCGGCCCGUACCCUCGCACCUGCAUUCCAUCCUCGACGCGAUAAAGAGGUCGUCGACAAGUAUAACUUCAUCCAUCCUGGUACACCCCUUGGCGAGGCGGCUGACUGGCGUGGCGCACUCAUUGGGCAUGCCCUUCCCGGAGGAAUUGUCACACGAGAUGCAUUCGAAGAGCUUGCCGCGGAAAUUAUCACACGGCUGACAGAGAUAUGCAAUUCAACCUCCUUACAGGGUCUUUGGUUCGAUAUUCAUGGGGCGAUGUGCGUGGAAGGUCUAGACGAUGCUGAAGCUGAACUUCUCCGUCGAGUAAGACGAGUCAUCGGCAAGCAGGUCAUUGUGUCGGCAUCAAUGGAUCUUCAUGGAAAUGUCUCAAGGCAGCUGGCACACCUUACAGACCUCAUCACCUGCUACCGCAUGGCACCCCAUGAAGAUGCGAUGGACACUAAAGAGCGGGCCUGUCGAAACCUAGUCAAUUUGCUGACUGCGGGGGGCUCAUUACCAGCCCGUCCUUUGAAAGCAUGGGUGCCGAUACCUAUUUUGCUUCCGGGAGAACAAACAUCCACACGACUAGAGCCCGCCAAGGGACUGUACGCCCUUGUGCCUGAAGUUGAAUCGAUGCCUGGUGUCCUGGAUGCUGCUAUCUGGGUGGGAUAUGCUUGGGCCGAUGAGCCUCGCAACCAUGCGGUCGUGAUGGUGACUGGAUGGGACACCGACGCGGUUAAUGCUGGUGCUCGAAAGCUUGCAAACUACUUUUGGGAUAGUCGUGAGAGAUUCGAAUUCGUUGCACCGACUGGAUCCCUCACGCAAUGUAUUGACACUGCUCUGAACUCGAUGGCCCGACCUUAUUUCAUCUCGGACUCUGGUGACAACCCUACAGCCGGAGGUGCGGGCGAUGUUACCUGGAGCCUUUCGAGAGUGCUUGAGCGGCCAGAGUUCCAGCAGUCAUCUGGCCCCAAAGUAAUUUACGCCAGCAUUCCAGGAGUGCAGGCUAUCGAAAAAAUCCUCGAAGCAGGCAUAGGAGCCACAGUUACCGUCACUGCUGGUGCACAGGUGGACAAUAUUCACGAAGGCCCAAUCAGCAUGACAGGACUUGUUUAUGCGAUCAAACAUGGAGAUCGAGAUGCUGUAGUUGAAGCGGUGCUUCAGGUCGGCAGCGUGUAUGUCAUUAUAACCAAACUUCGCAAGCCUUAUCACCACGAGAAGGAUUUCACUGAGCUCGAUCUCCAACCUCGGUCGGCUGAUGUUGUGAUAGUCAAGAUUGGGUAUUUGGAGCCGGAACUUUUCAAUAUGGCGACUGACUGGAUGCUGGCUCUGACGCCCGGUGGUGUUGACCAGGAUCUUCCUCGCCUUGGUCAUCAACGUAUUUCUCGCCCUAUGUGGCCAUUCGACAAAACCUUCCAGGAAUCACCAGAUCUGACACCUUGCCUGAUUCCAUUCUCUAAUGAGUCUCUCACACUAGAAUAG